GUAAGGGGCCAAAUCACCAUAGGCUUCUUCCUGAUGUCCUGCAGCUGCUGCUGAUGGGGAGCUUUUCCAACUUGCCACAUUCUUGCCCCAAGUGUAAUUUAGCACCAUGUGUGGACGGUAGAUUUAGCCUGAUGUUAACUAGCCGUGUGACUUUUAGUAGCUUUCCUUCUCGAAGACUUAGCUGCUUUACCUGUAAGACCAGAGCCAGAGCUGGACUAAACAAUGGGAUUUACUGGGGUUGACAGCUCCAGACUGUUCUAGGAGUCAGGACCCUGUCGUUCAGGAACUAAGGGGAUCCCCGCUCUGUGGCUGACCCCCAGGAUGAGAAGUCAUCCACCUGACCGUGCAAGUGAGGCUCUAAAGAUGGACUUAGCACCCUCCGUUCCCCCCAACUCUGCCACCAAGCAUAUCUCAGGAGGCCCUGACUGGGGUCAUUUCCCUUGUCCCUCUGCAGUGGCUAAAGGAUAACCUGGGAGGAGCUUAGGAGCUUUAAGUUCGGGGUGGCAAGGUCCCGAACAGGGGAAUGUCCUGUCCACGGUCACACGGCAAAGAAGAGAACCCUCAGCCCACAACUCGGCCCGGUCUCGAGCCCUCUCUCCCCAGCUGCCCACAAGCCACCCAUUCCACCAGUCUGUGGGCUUUUUUCCACAUCUCCCUUCCCCCAGCCCUGGACCUCAGACAGCAGAAAGCGGCAGAAGCCAUUCUCUGAGGACCGCACCUCAGAGGAGAGCUGGAUCUCCCAGGUGGGAUUUGCUCUAAGGCCUCUGGCAGGGAGGCAGGCAUGAAAGCUGAUCCCCGAGAGGGCGUGGCUCUGGAAAGCUGGCAAAUAAAAAUCCGGAGAGCCAGCACCGUCUGGAGACCCACAGAGGACCUGAGGAACCCGCUCGGCCAGCCACUCAGUUCCUGGGCCUUGGAAGUGAUACCCAUGGCAUCCCCCCACAUGCUGCUCCUCUGCCUGCUGGUCCUGGCAGUCCCCGAAGGCUGGGGUCGGCAGGUGGCCGUCCCAGGCUGCCACUUGCACCCCUUCAACGUGACCGUGCGAAGUGACCGCCAAGGCACCUGCCAGGGCUCCCAUGUGGCACAGGCUUGUGUGGGACACUGUGAGUCUAGCGCCUUCCCUUCCCGGUACUCUGUGCUGGCGGCCAGUGGCUAUCGACAUAACGUCACCUCUGUCUCUCAGUGCUGUACCAUCAGUGGCCUGAAGAAGGUAAAGGUGCAGCUGCAGUGUGGGGGGGACCGGAGGGAGGAGCUGGAGAUCUUCACGGCCAGGGCCUGCCAGUGUGACAUGUGUCGCCUCUCGCGCUACUAGCCCCUCCCUUCCCUUCCUCCUUCCCCUUGGUCAGAGGGUUUGAGUUGGAGUAUAUCCCAAAUAUCCUGAGCCUCGUUGAGGACAACAGCUCCAGCUCUCUUAAGAGUCCGUGAUUGUCACCUCCAGAGAAGAGGGGAGUUUCUCUCUCUCCCCUGCCUCUGCCUGGCCUCGUAACCAGCCUAUCUAAUCAUUUCACUCCAUUCUUUGUCCCUACCCCUAAAUAAAGCAAGCAGUUCUCAA